GGAAGAUUUAGCAACAGAUAAAACAACUAGAAAAAAUAUUUUAGGUAAUGCGUCUGUUGUAGAAGAAGAUUACUUUGUUGCACCCAACAAUCGUACAAGUCUUGAUCAAGAUUAAAAUUUUUAUUCAUCCUUUGUUAAACUAUAUCAUUAUAAAAUGAGUUUAAUGAAGAAAGUUUUAUCUAUGUGUGAAACAUAUGCUUUUUUAAGACCAGUUAUAACAAAUAAUUAUGUUGAGUAUUUAAAGUAUGGUCCUUCUGGUGAGCUUCUCUGUCAGAAUAUAAGAAAUGAAUGGCUUUACAGUAAUGUUACCAGUAGAGAAGAAUCUGUAUUUCAAACAAGUUAUGGUAUGCACAAAAACCAAUUUGAUGAUAUUAUAAGUCUCAAAGAUUCAUAUGAAAAUGCAAAAUUGUUUUGUAACAAUCAUUUACCCUUUAGUAUAACUGAUUCUAGAAGUCAAUGUGAGCAAAAUACAUUAAUAGUAAAUCGAAACAAUGAAGAAAGUUCACUUUUUAACCCCAAACAAUAUACAAGGCUUAAAUACAUAGCAUUUUGCAUUCCAGAAGAAGGACAACAGUUUUUUUAUCAUUGGCAACGUCAACGAAAAAUUUGGUGGAGAAAGUUUUCAGCAAAUCCAGGAAAGUUUUCCUUAACUGAAAUAUUGACUGAUGAAAGUGGACAAGAAUACACAGAAAUUAAAGUUGAAUUUGAUUGGGGUCAAGAAACUAUAGAAACUAUACGUAAUAUUGGCACAAAGCUGUUAGAUAAACUGGAUCCAACUAAUCAAGAGUUAUUUUUAGCUAAAGUUGGUAAAAAAAAACUGUUGCCUCAUAUUAUAGAAAGUGAAACAAGUUUGGAAAAAGCAUCUUUGGUGUUAUUAUGUGAUGGUUAUGCUGAUUUACCAUACCAUAAUGAAAGAAGAGAAACAUUUCGUUUUCAUAGAAAAAUAGCACCAUACAAAAUUACAUUUGCCUCACCUUUAUCAAAUGCUAAAAAAGCUGAUGAGUUAAGACAAUUAUCAGUAUAUUUAGGAUUAGGAUUAAAAAAAGCUGGUGUUUCAACAUUGUUGUCACCAAAUAUAGCUAAAAAAACCCUCGAUUCUCAAUUCAUUGAUGCCGAUUGUCUUGGAAUACCUUACACAGCUGUGUUAACUGAAUCUACAUUGGAUAAUGGAAUUAUAGGUUUAAGAAGUAUAGAAACGACUCUAGAGGAAAAAAUCCAUGUAGCAAAUUUAACUUCAUAUGUUGAACUUCUUGUAAAAAAUUAUUAGUUAAUAUUUAUGUAAAUAAUAACAAAGAUAUUAAUUAUAAAGAAAACUUUAUUUUGUAUGUUAAAUUUCUGCUUUAAUUAUUAAUAAAUGUACUUAUGUUUAUGUACUUAAUAAAAUAUAAUAGAUCUAAUUUAUUGUGAAAUUUUUUUACAUGUUUAGUUACUGUAGUAAAUUUUUAAAAACAUUUCUCACAGGUUUAAUAUCCCUUGCCCCCAUCAUGACUAUUCUUCAGUCCUCCAAAAACUUGGUAUUUGAUUAUUGUAGACAUGAUAUAAAUCUUAAUUUUCUUUCCUUUCUUUUGCGUGGUAAUAUUGAUUCUCCUGAAUGCUUUCCUGUGUAUAUUUUAAAAUAUCUUUACAAAGUUCUAUACAUUCUUCUGUGCAUUUCAUUAUUCCGCAUUACUCUUGUAGGGAUUAACAAAGAUGUUAAAUAACAUGUCACAAUGAAUGCGUUUAUAUAUGUUUAUAUGUUUUAUCUUAGAUGUACUGCAGUACGAUAACACUCCGUGUAUUUUUUUUAUUCUCGCGCUGUUCGUCAAUCCAGUGACACUUUUUAUUUGUACUCUUUUUUUAUGUACGUAUAAAAUUAUUUUUCAUUAUUAAAAAGUAUUAAUUAUUAUAAAUUUUAAUUGUAGUAUUUUGUA